CAAUAAUACUCAUUCGUGAUUGAUCGUCACUCCUCACUGAGCCCUUCAUCGUUAUGCGGAAUCUGACUGGACGUCCAUCGUGCUGAGUCCUUGAACUUUCGCUAGCUACCGGCCUGGUCAAGUCAUCUAACCUAGCUACACCAUCUCGAAGCAAAAGAGCUCUGUAAUUUUGAAUGGCGACAGUGACGUGAAAUGGUCAGACUGAAGAUCAUGGGAUGAAGUCGCUUGCGUUCCAUCUUCUUGAAAACGGCGUAAUGUAAGCAAGACGUUCUCAAUCCUUGGCAAUUCAGCAGCAUGCACGCAGCAUUUCCAAGUCGUAACGUUCGCCCAUUCACUCAUGCCUUGUCGUGUUUGUUGCGCUUCAGCGACAGGCUGAAUGUACAAUGUAUGCGUGACCUCGAGAAUGACUCACUCAAGUUGCGACUCUCUGCGAUCAAUUCCACUCAAUCAGGAUUUUGCGCAUUCGAAUUUUACGACUACUUCUUCGAAGUCCUGCGAACGGACCUGGACCAGAAGAUCGACUGCGAGACUGGCAUCCGACCGAUCCUCUCUGUCCUGCGAACUGGAAACAACAAGACACUCGAUAGAUGCGAGAUCAGCAUCUUCGACCACGAGGACGAAAGCCGCAUUGCCGUACGCCUUCACAGCAAAGGGGGCAUCGUAAAGACUCACAAGCUCACUUAUGCUGCAGUGCCAGGUCUCUGGCCAAAUGUCCCACCAAAUGCGCCAUGCCAGCUAUCGAUUGGUCCCAAAGUCGUGCACGACUUCCUCGACCACUUUGGCAACAAGAAUGGUGGUGAGGUGACGUUCUGGUGUGGUCCACGAUUCUUCAUGGUGCGCAGCAGGGCGGAUGACACGCUAGAUAAGAAUCAAUUCAGACGCGCAAUCGCCACCCAAGUCACAGUUCAAUUAGAUGCCUUUGAGGCUUUUACGAUGGUGAAAGAAGUUUGCCUUACUUUUCCGCUGAAGGAAUUCAAGGCUGCUAUUGCAGCAAGCGAGCAUUUGGGUGUGAAUCUGGAACUCAGCUUUGGCGAAGGAGGCGAGCCAUUGCGCAUUCGUUGCCAGCUUGAAGCGCUGCACGCCGACUUUGUUAUCGCUACAACACCAGGAGAAGUUCCAUCUGAUGCAGCAAGUGCUGCACAGGCUCGACGCGCGCAAUCAGGACCAUCGAGUGCUGCGAACCCAGCGGCCGAGGCAGCUAGCCGAGCGAUCGACUCGUCUCGGCCGCAAGGCUCUUCGCGCCGUCCGACUCUGCAAAAUGGGGAGUCCCAGCCGAAUGCCAGCGCCAUGGACUCAGCCCGGCCACCCAGAAUGCAGGAGUCUACACCCAGAGUAGGCGUGGCUCUCGCGCGCCACAACACUGACAUUCCUCUCUUUCGAGGUUCUCAAGGAUCAGAUGGACAAGCCUUGCGUGAAGAUCGAGGAUCCGAAGAAGCUGGAGGUCGCGACGAGGAAGAUCUAGCAGCCCUGGAAGAGGUCGAGCAGAGCGUCCAAAGAGGCGAUAUACGACUUCGCAGCAGCCAAGCUCCCAGCGCCGUUGAGCACCGGGCUGACGCUGGCCCUCGUGCCCAAGCGAGCCCACAUCAUGUCGAGAAGGAGCAAGGAUCACCUUCCUCCCAUGUGCCGCAGUCUGCACAAGACGAGACGCCUCCUAGCGUCAAAUUGUACACGUCCAGUAACAUCAGCGUUGGCAACAAGAUCAAUUCCUCGUCUUCUGUCAACGGACGCGAGGUGCCUAGAGCGCUUGCAAAUGCGCGCUCUCAAUCCUUGCGACACGUUCAUCUUCCGUCAUCUGGCCACGAGGAACGCGAUGAGUCCAUUCGACCACCUGGGUCCGUCGGUACUGGGCACUUUGCGUCCCAGCCUGUUGCUGCCACCAAUCGUGGACGAAGCAAUCUCAACUCAUCAGCAAGAACAGGGAUGCAGCGAUCGGGCGCUCGCUUGCCUGCCGCCAAGUCGUGGCAAGACGCACUCGAGAACGCAAGCCAGAUGGUCCUCGACGAUGAUGAGGGUACACAGGCGGACGAGAACGCCGCCCGCCAGCGUGCACUCGAGGGCACGGAUACUCAUACUCAGCCGCCAGAUGAGGAUGAGCUGGGUGCUAGCGACGAAGACGUUCAGAAGAGUACUGGACCUAGAUUCGAACCAUUGUUCUGAGGAACGAUCUACAGGCUCGCGCGUCACAUCACGACACCAAGCAUACUGUACUGUAGUCGUACCCGUACCCAGCGGCAAAGCUGCAAUGAGACCAGCCAUCAAUGCAAUCGGACUGAGACACA